GUACCGGGCUGUAAUUGUAUAACCCGUGGUGAAAUAUUGUGACAGAGACGUUUCAGUCCGUUAUGGCCACAUACGCCGAAGAAGAAUCUGGACCCGACGAAGUAGACAAUUUCAAACCAAUCUUUAAGAAGUACAAAAGGCGAGAUCGUCCGCUCGAUGUCUCUGACGUCAUUGAUUUUGACAAGGAAAAAAAUUUACACAAGGUGGAAGAGUUUAAACUGGAAGAGCCGGAUCACCUUCUAACUGGUUUGAAACCUGUCUGUAAAUGGAAAGGAUAUUGCCUCAAAUCUAACCCAGGUUUUCUGUUCAUAGUCAACCCAUUUGAGAAUGGCCAUCAAAGGUACUGGGUAUCGCGCUGUUUAAAGGAUUAUCCAUGCCAGCCUAAUGUCAGAAACCUUGAUGCUUACAUGGAUGUUGGCGAUGUCAACAUUUGGAACUCGUCUGUAGAAAAACAUAAAGAUGAUAUUACCAAUAAGGAAUGUCUGAUGAUGAAGCUACGCUGGGUAACCAUGGGAUAUCACUACCACUGGGGAACAAAGAAAUACUACAAAGACAGCAAAGCUCCAUUUCAAGAAGAUAUGUCACGCCUGGGUCGAUACGUAGCCAGUGCCAUAGGAUACCCUAAGUUCUCCCCAGAGGCUGCUGUCCUCAACUACUACCAUCUCGACUCGUCUCUCAGUGGUCAUACAGAUCACUCCGAGUUCGACCAUUCUGCUCCGCUUAUAUCCUUCAGUUUCGGCCAAGAUGCCAUCUUUCUGAUAGGUGGAGAGACAAAGGAGACUGAGCCAAGUGCUGUGUUCUUGCGGAGUGGAGACAUCUGUGUCAUGAGUGCAUCAGCAAGACUUGUUUAUCAUGCCGUUCCCAGAAUAAUGGAGACUAAUGAGGAGAGAAAUCACACUUGUUUUGAUAUAUCAGAUGUUUCUAUGUUGGACUCAGAGAGUUGUCAUUCAGACAGUGGUGUAUCUACAGCAGACAGACAAAUUGUAGAAAGGCUGUUUAGUGAUGAUUGGGACCUUAUGUCAAAGUAUCUCAGCCAGACGCGAAUAAAUUUUAACAUACGACAAGUUCUUGUGCCAGACCGUGAGUUUCCUGCAGAAUCUUGAAUGGUAUCGUGUUCAUAGAUUAAUGAUAAAAAUCUCCAGGCCAAAUAAACAAAUUCUCUUUUUUCUUA